AUGACACAAAGUACACCUUCGGCAGUGAACGUCACGGAUCUGGAUGAAAGCGUCUCAAAUGUUCGCUUUGAAGACUACGACUUGGAUGCUUUAGACCUCGGUGGUGGAGUCAACUGGACACCUCCAGAACCUUUGGAGGGUACCAAGUACUACUCCAUACAGCUGGUUUGGGAUCAGACAUUUGAUUAUCGCAGUGUCAUUUCUGAUGUGAGUGUCGGGGAGCGGCACUACGAAAUUCCUGUAGAUACGUACCUCGGGACUUUCCCCUACAUGUACGUUUACACCAAGUCCAGUCUGUUGGAGCAGACAACACCUGUGGGCAUCCUGAUCAGUGACACUGCACCUGAGAUCACAAAUAUCCAGUUCUCAGACCAGGACUUGGACCAAUAUGAAAUCGGCGGGAACCUCACCUGGACCGAGCCUGCAAAUUGGACCCUACUCACACACUACUACAUCUAUUUUGCUGCAGAGGCCUCUGGCUCUCGACGUUUGGCUUCGGUUGACAAUACAACGAUUGACUGUACCAAUGCUACAAAUGUGUCUGAAUGUCAAACAACGACAACUGGAACUGGCACGAGCACGAGUACAUCGCAAACAUCUACCUCUUCUACGGCCACAACGAGGACUGAGACAAGUACAACAUCAAGUUCCACAACAUCUACAGGCUUCACCUACUUGACACGACCCACGUCAGCACACAACUUUGUGAACCUUAACCUCUAUGCCACAGAUGCUUGGCCUUACAUCGUCCAAUGUCUCUCAUUCAAUUGUUGGCACCAAUGCUGA